AUGCAUUACAUUACUCCGGAAGAGAGUGUAAUUCUUAACGUUCUUGCAGCUGAGGUGGAUUUCACGACAUGCGAGUCCAUUGUGAUGUCGCAAGAGGUUGACGAGGAUGGAGAUCGCACCCUGGCUGUCGUCACCAAGGUUGAUCGGGCUCCUGAUGGCCUUUAUGAGAAAAUUCAAGGAAAUUCGGUGCGGAUUGGGCUUGGCUAUGUGUGUGUCCGGAACAAGACAGACGCUGAUGCAUCUCAUGACGAUGCAAGAAGGGCGGAAGCUGCUUUCUUCAACAACCAUCCUGAAUUGUCCCAGAUUGAGCCCCAUUGCCUCGGAAUUCCAGCCCUUGCUCAAAGGCUGACGGAGAUUCAGGCCAAGAGGGUUGCAGACAGCAUCCCAAGGAUCAGACAGGCCAUUCAAAAGGCUCUUGUUGGUAAGGAGUCUGAACUUGAGAUUAUCCCGUUUGCUGCCACCUCUAACGCUUCAGCAUUGGGGAUUGUUUCUUCAACGAUCCAGAAGAGACGGGACAUGAUGAGUGGUGUCAUCGGUGGGAAGUAUGGCCCGUUUCAGAGUGAUGAUGCGAUGCACUAUGCUGCCAGGCUGCAUGAGAAGUUCAACAAAUUCGAGGUGCAGAUGAGGGGUGUCCUUCCGGACUUCCUUGGAACCGACUACUCUGAAAGGUGUAAAGAAGCUUUGAAAGAGGUGGCUGGGAUUUCGCUCCCAAACAUGUUUGACCAGGCUGUGGUGAAGCAGCUUGUCCAGGAGGUGGUGGACAGUGUUGAAGGGCCGUGCUUGCUCCUAGUGAACGACUGUUUCGCCUAUGCAACCGAGGUGCAGCAGGCUGUGGCAUCACACAUCUGUGGGAUUUACCCUGGGCUGAACAACGUGGCUCACCUUCAAGGCCUCAAUGCCCUGAGGAAGGCUAAGGAGUCAGCAAGCCGUUUCAUUCAAGACAUGCUGACUAAGGAGAAGAAGGUGAUCUUUACGCUCAACCAUUACUACAUGGACACGGUGUCUCAAAUCCAUGUGAAAAUGGCCGAAUACAAGAAAGGGCAGCCUGGUAGCUCGGAGCAAGGUCCCCCUCCUAUUCCUUCUAUUGGAGACUUCGCCUCCAGCACUGCUUCACUCGCCAAUCUGAUAAGCAACGACGACCAGGCUGCGAGGGAUCUUCAGAUCAACAUGUUUUCUUAUGCCAAGGUGAUGCACAAGAGGUUGUGUGAUGUGAUCCCCAUGGAGAUUCGGAUGUGCCUUGAGAAUGCUCUCCUGGAUGGCAUUGAUGGUGCUGUGUGGCGGGAGAUUCAUGCUGGAGACAUAUCUAAGAUAGCAGCCCUGAAGGCUGUUGAUCAGCAGCGUAGGGUUCGACUGGAGGAGAGCAUAAAACGGCUGAAGGCAUCUGAAGCCACGCUGCUUGCUCCCUUCCAGUUGCGCCCAUCCCAGUUCCCACCACCCCCAGCCAUCAACCUCCAACCGCCGCCUUGUUGCGCUACGAGCAGAAGCUGCCACGUGUCCAACUUCUGCCCCGUCCCUCCGCCCAUAGCGCGCCAACACCUAUCCAGAUCCGCCCGCGCAUCCGCUCAUUCUUCCCCCGCGCGCCCGCUUCCCCCGCUCGUUGGCUGUAGCGCCGCUGUAGCGGACAGAGCGGGCAGGAGAGGGCGGAGAGGGCGGGUCAGGGCUGGGAGUGGGUGGGCGGGCGUGGGGAAUGGGGAGAGACAGCAAGAAAUUGGUUCGGAAGAAGGGUGGGGUGAAGAAGAGCAGAGGGAUGGAGGGGAUAGGGGUGGCGAGGAAAGGGAGGAAGGAGAGGAGUGGGAAGGAGAGGAGGGGGAGGAUGAUCUGGUGGAGGGUGGAUCUAUUUCGCUUGAUAACGGGCCCCCACCCCAUCCACCUUCUACUCUGUUUCACUCUGUUGCCCCUCCCUCCUCGCACAUCCCUCCUUUCUCGAAAGAGCGCCACUGCCUCCACGGGCUGCCCUCGCCUGCUGUUGCCGUGCGCAACCUCGUGGAGCAGGUGAGACGGUGGUGUGUGUGGGGCCAGGUGGUGUGUGUGAGGAAGGUGGUAUGUGGGGCAGGUGGUAUGUGGGGCAGGUGGUAUGUGGGGCAGGUGAUAUGUGGGGCAGGUGGUAUGUGGGGCUGGUGGUAUGUGUCUCGCAACCUGGUGGAGCAGGUGAGAUGGCCGGUGUGUGUGUGGGGCAGGUGGUGUGUGGGGCAGGUGCUUUGUGGAGCAAGCAGUAUGUGCCACGGGCAGGCUGUCCGCGGCCAGUGUGUGCAUGCGGGACAGGCGCGCUUCGCCCAUCUGUGCAGCAUCAUGUCGCGCAUGCACCACCGCCGCAAGGGCUACCCGUUUGGCUCGCUCGUCGACUUUGCCACCGACGACGAGGGCCAUCCCAUAUUCCUCCUCUCGCCUCUCUCCAUACACACGCGCAACAUGCUUGCAGACCCUCGCUGCACUCUUGUUGUUCAGAUCCCAGGGUGGAGUGGGCUGGCCAACGCACGGGCCACCAUAUUUGGAGACGUGUAUCCGGUGCCGCCGUCCCAGCAGCAGUGGGCACAGCGCUUCUGUGAGGAGGCCCAGCUUUUCAGCCGCCCCAGGUGGAGUGGGCUGGCCAACGCACGGGCCACCAUAUUUGGAGACGUGUAUCCGGUGCCGCCGUCCCAGCAGCAGUGGGCGCAGCGCUUCUUUGCCCGCCGUCACCACCACGGCGCCGCCCAGAUGUGGGGCAACUUCAGCUACUACCGCAUGCAGCAGAUCUGUGACAUCUAUUUCGUGGGCGGCUUUGGCACGGUGGCGUGGAUUGAUGUGAAGGACUACCUUGCUGCCACACCGGAUGCCAUCGUGCUGCAUGACUCUGAGGCCAUUCUGCAUCGCCAGCUGGUGUCGAUCCUGCCGCAGCCUGUGGACGAUGCACUGUUCAUCAGCAUCGACGGCAAGGGUGUUGACAUCCGUGUCCGGCAUGGCGCUAAGUUCAAUGUGCAGCGGCUGUCAUUCAGUGCAUCAUCGGAGGUGCGGGACACAGAGGAGGCCGUGGCAGCGCUGCACCAGGUGCUUAGCCAAGGCGUCACCCCUCUCUCCAACGGCAUGCUGCAAUAA